GGCUCCCGCAGAGGAGGCGCCUCAAGAUGGCGCCCGGCAGCGCGCGCGGGGUGCGGCGGGAAGGAAAUGGCGGCGCGCGAGGCGGCGGGCGGCGGCUCGGGCUCCGGGGCAGGGCCGCUGCCGGGGCGGUGCGCCUUCUUCGUGCGGAGGAAGAGGCGCUUCUGCAAGAUGCUCCCGGCGCCGGGGAGACGCUUUUGCGGGGAGCACGGGCAGCAGGAGAAAGAAAAUGACAGGAAAAGAAUCCCGUGCCCUCUUGAUCCGAAACAUACCGUGUAUGAAGACCAACUACAAAAACAUUUGAAAAAAUGUAAUUCCAGAGAGAAGCCAAAGCCGGUCUAUUUUGUCCAAGACAUUAAUGCAGGUGUAAAAGAAGUAGCAGAAAUACCAGCAAAUCAAGUAACUCUCUCUUCCCUAUCCAAAGAAGAGCUUGAGAACUUAAUUAUCAAGUUGAAAAAAGCAAGUAAUGGUCUGGAACUCGACCUUAAAGAACAAGUACUCUCUCACCAGGCUUUAGAGGAAGCCUUAAAUGACCCAAAGAACGGGGACUCUGCUUUCAAACACUUGAAACAACAGGCUUCCAUUUUAGGUAACAUGGAAAAAUUACAUUUGCUUGGUCCAGGAAGAUGUUUUGUUGAAUUUGGAGCUGGGCGAGGAAAGCUAUCUCACUGGGUUGAUGUUGCCUUACAAGAUAUUGAAAAUAUUCAGUUUUUGCUUGUAGAAAGGGCAACUACAAGAUUCAAGGUGGAUGGAAAACAUAAAAAGAGAGAUUCUAUAUUUGAAAGGCUUCAAGUUGAUAUUCAGCAUUUAUGUUUAAAUAAGGUACCUAUUUUAGAGAAGGAAAAACUACCAGUGGUAGGAAUUGGGAAACAUUUGUGUGGUGCUGCCACAGAUCUUGCUUUGAGAUGUUUGGUAGAAAGUUAUGCAACUUGCUGUAAUGAAGAAAAUGAAGAGCCUGCACCAAAACGUAGUAAGAAUAAGGCAGAAGGAGCUUCUAACAGUUUGAAUGAUGAUGACAAUGAAAGGAACAAAGAAGACUUUAAGCCUGUAGCUGGAAUUGUUAUUGCACUGUGUUGCCAUCACAAAUGUGACUGGACACAUUAUGUAGGCAGAGAGUUCUUUAGAUCAGUAGGACUUGGACCAGUAGAAUUUCAUUAUUUUCAAAGGAUGAGUAGCUGGGCCACUUGUGGCAUGAGAAGAACUGUAACCAAAGCUUCUACAAAUGAAGAAAGUGAAGAUCACACUAGCAACACAGAAGAGCAUGACCAAACAUACAGUAAAACAGAGACUGGUUCUGACGCUCUGCAAGGGCUCCUUACUGUUGAAGAGAGAAAGGAGAUAGGUUCCCUCUGUAAACUUGUGAUUGAUCACGGACGGAUCAGAUAUUUACAACGUCGAGGAUACAAGGCUGCACUACAGUACUAUACAGAUUCCUCUGUGUCCUUGGAGAAUGUCCUGUUAACAGCUGUCCCAGAGACAACUACGUGACAAGAUACAGAUUUGGA